ACUUCGCUAAGAGAAAACAAUAUAAAACAAUAUUUUCAAUCGGUUCAACCAUUGUCAAGACACGUGGUUGUUUCACGACGGAUGUCGCAGUAGUUGAUGUAUUUGUCAACAUAGUCUGACAUUUUAAUAAGACAGAGAAGGAUAAAAUACAAUUGUUACCAAUCUAAGGUAAUUCGAAAGCAGAUAGGUUAUCGAGAGAGACAAACGAUAUGCGCGACAUACUGUGAGAUACAAAGAAACAAAAUAAUAAGAUGGCAGAAUAUACAUAUGAUAUUUUUGUCAUAACCAAGAAGACAAAUAGUUUAUAUGAAAUAAGCAACUGUGAGAUAAUGACCCAAUUAGAUGUCAUUUACACGUGACUCAUAUCAUCAAUUUGUCCAUGUCCGGUUGCCAAGAUUUUAUUAAUGUCUUAUGUGUAUGAUUAUCCAUAUUUGAUAUAAAAAGUAUGUCUACCAUAUCAUUGAGAAGGGGCGCAAAACUAGUUCGUCGUCGAAUGACGUAGGAGCUCUCAUUUUCUUGGCCACCUAGUAUACACAUCCGGUCGACCGCCACUCUGCAACUUUCCUACUUCAUUCAUCGACAUUCUGUGGCCUUUGAAGGUUGCACAGCAGAAAAGAGCGGGCACGGUCGCGCGCCACCGAUCAGAGUCAGCCGGCGUGCCGACCAGUUUCAACAUAAUAAUUCCUUCUCAGAAAUACAUCAUAACUACCACUACAUUUUGCAGCAUCCCAAAUAUGAAUCCUACUUACAUAUGAAUCGAAUAUCUUCCCAUAUGGUUUGUAUCCUUUCAAGAAGUUUCAUACAAAUGAUUAUGUUAUAUAUUAAUAGAAAUCUUAUAAUUAGACUGAUGAAAAUUAUAUUUAAUUUAAAAUUUAUAAUUUAUUUCAGAUUUUAAAUUUUUUAUAACAUAUAAUAAAAAUGCAAAAUGAUUAAAUUUGGUUUUUUUAUAAAUAGGAAAUAUAUAUUAUUUAAUAUUACAAACAAUUUAUAAAACAUCUAAUUACAUUAUAAUAUUAUAAUAUUCUAAUAUAAAAGAAGUUUGAAGAAAAAAUUAUCUUCUAAAAAUUCUAUAAAAUAUAAACAAACAAUAUUAAUUGUAAUAUCAAUUACAAUAUUAAUUAUGAUUCAUACAACUAUAUAAUAGAAAGUUAUAAUAACGAGAAGCUUAGUGUCAAUGAAAUGGGAAACUAUCAAUUAUUGGAAUACUAUCGUCAUCUCCGAUAAUUUCUACGUCACCUUUAGGUUAGCAACUGUGACGUGGCUUUCACUGAGCAUACCGGCAUGCGGCGAUCGCUAUAAAUGUUGCAAUUUCUUGAAAUCAAUGCAUGACUUCCAGUAUUUUUAUUCUUUAAUGAAAUUAAACAAAGCUAUUACUAUAUAUUAUAUUCAAAUAUGUUAUCUUAUAAUAUUUAACAAAUAAUUGAUAUUAAAUUGUAUAUAUUUAUUAAUAAAUAUAUAUAAAUAAUUGUAAAUAAUUGAUAUAUUUUAUAAAUAUAUUUUAUAAAUAUAAAUCAUUAUUUUAAAUUUUAGAAAAAACAAUGCAAUUCAAAUUUAAAAUAUUAAUAAUUACAUUAUUACACUAUAAAAUUUAAUUCAUUUUUAAUAUUAUAUUAUCAUAACGUAUUAAUUGUAACUAUAAAUCACUAAUAUUUAUUAUUAAUAUUAUAUUCUUAUAUAUAAUUUAUAUUCUUAGGAUAUAAUAAAUAAAUUUUCUUAUUAUAAAAAAUAUUUUAAAUUAAUUAUAGAUAUAAUAAAUUAAUUAUUCAACAAAUAGUUCACUUGAAUAAUAUAGCUGCAAGAAUAAGUGGGAACGGUGUUUGAUACCAAGCGAACUCCGCGUUCCAUCGAAAAUUCCGUUCGUUCGAUUCUCAGAGCACACACAGGUAUUCGCGCUUGUAACCGUGCACGUGCGCGAGAGCACUCUGAGGGGAGGGAGACUAUCGACGGCGCCUCACUGAGAAGGAGAGUAAAGAGAGGAGGAAGAAGAGAGGAUAGAAACGAAGGUGGAGAUGGAAAGGAGAUAGUUCAGUCGCGCAUACAAGUACAAAGUGGACAGUAUAGUUAAACGUAGGUGUCUUGUGAGGUCGUGUAGGGCAACGUAUAAUAGUGUGGACCGCGUGCCGGAAUACGCCAAUGGUCAAUGGUGGGGAGAAAACGUGAAUGAUCCAUAGAAGCCGAUACAGUUGUGUGUCUCUCGAAAAGACUUGUGUUGGUCCAUAGAAUGUAAUAUACAGAUGGAAAGGAAUGGAAUAGUAGUGAAGCGGUGGGAAAAGAAAAGCAAAGUGGGGAUAUAGCAGACAGAGAAGUGGGGUGCGGUUAAAGGUUCGGCUUCGGAAAUGGCCGCGGGAAAGUAGAGAGCGUUACGUCGUCUGGCAGGCGAGCCAAAGUUUUUCGUGUAUAGCGCUCGUUAACCCGGCGCUUCGAGCGUGCGAUCGGCAGUUCACUAGACUCACGAAGACAAGCUGCAAGAUGUUUUGAAAAAAGAAUUUUAAUUCGCAAAAAUUGUGUAGUGUACGACUAUCUGAUCUAGUGAGAGUCGCGGUGUUUCGACCGGUGUCUCAAAGAGAUCAGUGCGGGCGGUCGUGCACGAGGAUGGCCGGCGACGACGAUGCAUCGCCAAACAAUGAGAUCCUCAGUACAGACGGAGAGGGGCAGGGUGCGUCAGUGCGGGGGGAACCGCAUUCCAGAGUGGGCGGCAUCCUGGAAUGCGAUCCCCCCGGUAACAAGAAUUCGCCGAGCGAGCGAGUCUGUAACAACGACGACUGCGCCGACGGAAGCGGUGAAACUAUGAUUGCCGACGACUGUAACAACAGCGGAGGCGUUGAAACCGUGAUUGCCGGCGAUAACGGCGCUUUAUGCCGAUAUGCUCUCAGCACUGUCAAUACCGCUAUGUCCUUUAUCGAAGUUUGUCAGAUUCGACUGCAACAUCUUUUCCCGCAAUUGAUUUCAUCUUCACGGUAUAGACUUUGUGAAGAUUCCAUAGAGCUUACGGCAGAAUGUUUGGCGAAUGAUGUAAUACGGUACCUACUUAAGGAAGAUAUUUAUCUUAUAUCUCGAGAUCCAGUUUCUCGUAGUAUGAGACACAAUGUAUAUCAAAUGUUGAACAAGCAUAGUAUUCUAUUCGCGAGUAUGGUAAAUCGUUUGAAUGUUGUACCGGAUACGGCGUACGAGGCAUUCAUGGGAGUUGCGGAUGAGUUGUUUUUACAUGGUGGAGUUACAUGGGCAAGAAUCGUUUGUCUAUAUGCAUUUAUGGGUAGACUCGCUCUUUGGGCUCGGGAUAGACGAAUGCAUGCUUUAAAGAAAAAAUUACCACUAUAUGUCUCCAGAUUUAUUGGUGAAAAGGUUGCACAUUUUAUCAAAGGAUAUGGAGGAUGGGAGCAACUGUGUAUAGAAUAUCCUGUGGCAGAAGAAAUAAGUGGAGCAAUUUGGAGAAGUCUUAUAAUGACAGGUGCUACACUUGGUUUGGUUGCAACUAUUUUAACAGUGACCUCUUGAUAUACCCUUAAAAAUUAAUUUACAAAAAAUAUAUUUUGUGUAAGAUCUUCCAGUGUACUUAUGUUUUACCAAAAUAGUUUUAAAAAUAAUUUCUGGAAGCUUACAUAAUGGUUUAAUAUUGGCACAAAAAGUGAAAUUGUGUGAUUUGAAAGACAACUUAUAAUAAGUACAGGAUGUAAAUUAAGUUUCAAUUUGCAGUCUGCACAAUUUUCAUAUCAAUGUCAUUCAGUUUCAAAAUUAUCCCACUUUUUAUAUAAUUCCAACAAAUAUGUAACAUAAGCAAAUGAUAAUGAUACAAGUUUCCUAUUAUAUUCAUAUUUUGUAACUGCAGCUCGAUGGAUUAGAGAUUAAAUUAAAGAAAAAAAUUAUUUAAUAUUAAUUUAGAAAUUUUAUCAAAGUAAUUUCAUGCAAUACUCAAAAUUGAAGUUUCAGAUAUUUAUAUCAAAUAAGAAUCUCAAAAUUCUAUUGAAUUUAGGUAGAAACAAUCUAAAUGUAUUUAUUUAUAAUUUAUUUUAGGUAGAAAAUAUAUUAAUAAAUUUUUUUAUCAAUCAAAGAUCAUCAUAAUCUAUGCUAAUGCUUAGAACUUAUUGAAAGUUUAAGAAUUAAAAUAACAAUUCUUAUUAAAUAUAUAAUAACAUUUUUAAAUAACAAUGAUAGAUUCUAAUGACAUAGCAAACAUUUUUAUACAAAUAUCCAGAAAUAAUAAACAUUUUCACGAAA